AUGGCCCCGUCCGCCCUAUUCCGACGCGCUGCGGCAGUCUUUGGCACCCUCGCAGCUUCCACGCUUGCCGUGCCGUACGAGCAGUACAUCCUCGCACCCUCCAGCCGCACCUUGCACCCGGUCUCGGUAUGGAAGGUCAAUGGCACCGUCCCGGGCGCCGAGAGCGUGGCUGGUGACGCCCUGGGCAGCGCCACUUUCACCGACGCCUCGGCCGCCACCUUCGACUACGAGAAGAACAUUGCCGGUGUCGUCUCCCUGACCGUGGGCGACGUGUCGGACGAGAAUCAGUACAUUGGCAUCACCUUCUCCGAAAGCUCGCUCUGGAUCUCGGGCGAGAGUAGCGACGCCACGGCCGACGCGGGCAACGACGAGACGCUGUGGUUCCAGCCCAAGGAGGCGGGCGUGUACACCGUUCCCAGGCAGAACGAGCGCGGUGCAUUUAGAUAUCUGAGCUUGGUCCACAACACCACGGGCAGCUUGGAGAUCACCCAGGUCACGACACAUUACACGGCCAUGCCGCACUAUGCCGAUGACCAGCUGAGGAACUAUACCGGCUACUUCCACUGUGACGGCGCGUACACCAACCAGAUCUGCACAAUCGACCCCCAGUACGGCGACGCCCUCAUCUACCUCAACCAGAUCACCUCCAACAUGACUUCGGACGAAGUUGGCAACCUGCCGUGGUACGUCAACUACACCAUCACCAACGGCACCUCGGCGCUCGUCGAUGGAGCCAAACGUGACAGACUGGUCUGGGCUGGCGACAUGGCCAUUGCCGUGCCUGGUGUCGUCGCCUCAACAAACGACCUCGUGUCCGUGCGAAACUCUCUCAACUCGCUCUUCGACAUCCAGAACAAGAGCACUGGCCAGCUGCCGUAUGCCGGUCGGCCCUUCACUUUCAUGCUCUCGCACACAUACCAUCUGUACACCAUCAUUGGCGUAGCAGAUUACUUCCUGUACUCGGGCGACAUGGACUAUCUGCAGAGCACCUGGUCCGACAUCAAGCUGGCCAUGAACUUCUCCCUCGGCUUCAUCGACUCAAGCGGCAUGAUGAAUGUGACGGCGCCGGCCGACUGGCUGCGCUUCGGCAUGGGCGGCCACAACAUCGAAGCCAACGCCAUCCUGUAUCACACCCUCAACCAGGUCUCCACCCUCGCCUCGGCCCUCAACGAGACCGACCUCCUCGCCUCCUGGUCCACCACCGCCUCGGGCAUCAAGACCGCCGCCAACGACCUCCUCUGGGACGCCUCCGCCGGCCUCUACCGCGACAACGAGACGACGACACUGCACCCGCAAGACGGCAACGCCUGGGCCGUCGUCGCCAACCUGACCCUCAACAGCACGCAAUCCGCGCAGAUUUCGUCCAACCUGGCGGGGCGGUGGACGGCGUACGGCGCGCCCGCGCCCGAGGCCGCCGACGCCAUCUCGCCCUUCAUCAGCGGCUUCGAGCUGCAGGCGCACAUCGCGGCGGGCAACGCGUCGGCGGCGCUGGCCCUGACGCGGCUGCAGUGGGGCUUCAUGCUCGACGACCCGCGCAUGACCAACUCGACCUUCAUCGAGGGCUACAGCACGACGGGCGAGCUGCACUACGCGCCCUACACCAACGACCCCCGCAUCAGCCACGCCCACGGCUGGGCCACGGGCCCCACCAGCACCUUGACCUUCCUCGUCGCCGGCCUCCGCCUCGUCGGCGCCGCCGGCGAGACGUGGCGCCUCGAGCCCAGCUUCGGCGACCUCACCGCCGUCGAGGCCGGCUUCGCGACGCCGCUGGGCGCGUUCAGCACGAACAACACGAGAGACGCCGAGACGGGCGCGUUCAGCAUCGUCUUCGAGACGCCCGAGGGCACGAGCGGCGCGGUGAGCGUGGAGCGCCCUUCGUGCGGCGGCACCUUGACGGUGAAGCCUGACGGCGGGGCGGAGGCGGAUGCCGUGACGAGGGAGGUGCGGGAGAAGGAGGGCGGGGACGGGGACCCGGUCGAGAGGAUCGAGGUGGAUGGGUUGAGUGGCGGGAAGUGGACGGUCGAGUUUGCUUGCUCGGCCUCGUGA